UGGAUUGGCAUCUUCCGAUUCUAUAUUGUAAGGCACAGAAACUCAAAGUUCGAUAUUCGGAUUUGAUAUUUUUUCUUCAGCUCCCAAACUUAAUUGUGUAGAAUACUAUUUAUUUUAUUCCUACGAAGUGAAAGUAAAUAUCAGUGUUUUAUGGAUCAACGACGUCCUCUGUUGCAGCAGAUGAGGUGAGAACAUCAAAGAAAGCCGAAAUAAUGAAGAAGCCCAAGUGGAAGGCUUGAAUAUGUUCCAGAGCAUCCCAUUCCUGCUCAUGGCGUUAUUCACUACAGCUGCAGGAGUUGCCCCCACUAUAGACCUUUCGCAUAACAUGAGGAUCUUAAAGCUUCCAAUGGAUACAAAACCAGGUUCUCUCAUCUACAGACUGCGGGGCUCUGAUCCUGACAAUGACAUCCUGACUUUUGGCGUUCGCGGGGACGUCGGAAAUCAGCUGCUCGGAAUCCAGUCGGUCACAGAGACCAGGGCGAAUGUCUUUCUCAAAGCUGCUCCCACGGAGAAGGAAUACAAACUCACUAUUUAUGUCACUGAUGGUACUCAGACUACUGAAGUGGAAUCCACAAUUAUCAUCACAAACGCUACAAAUAUAAAAUCGCCAUUUCUAGAAUACGAGCCUCUGAUAUCCGUUUCUGAACUAACCGAGGAAAAGGAGGUGAUUGGCAGCAUGGUGGUGCGCAAGCGCAACAGCAGCAGCCUCCCUGUUCUCUUCGAAGUGGAAGGAUCGGACAAUUUUGCCAUCCGAUACCUCAUCAGCCCCCUCAAGGAAGCCACCAAAGGGGAAAUUUUUCUUCUUCAGAAACUCGAUUACGAGAAGAAGAAUCUCUACACUCUCACGAUCUACGCUCUGAAUCCUUGGACUGAGGAAGAGUUUGACACUCGCAACGUUGCCGUACAGACCAUCCUGGUGGCCGUCAAGGAUGCUCAAGACACGCCUCCAGUCUUCCAGUCUCUUCCACCAGUCGUCAGGGUCUCUGAUAGCCUGCCUCUUGGUGGUAGUGUUUUCCAAGUUCAUGCAGAAGAUGGAGAUUUUGGAAAUCAAAGGAAUAUCACUUACAGUUUUGUCCCAGAAUCCCAAGGAGUAACAUAUUUCAACAUCAACUCACGUACUGGAAUGAUUACUCUGGCUUCUUCAACCGAACUCUUCAGGGAGGCCUACUCUACGACAGGGCCCUUCGUUUUGUCCAUGCAGGCCACGGAAGUGGAAUCAGAUUUAGUGCCCGGUCUUCCAGCCAGCUCCAUUGCCACUUUGGCGGUCGUUUUGGUGAACACGGAAAACAAACCGCCAAGAUUCCUCAGCAGGCGUUACGUGGGCGUCAUCGAAGAGAACAGCCCAGGGCUCACACCUAUCAUAUGGGAGGGAUCCGAAGUACCCAAAGUGGUGGAUGACGAUCAGGGUAAAAAUGGCAGUUUCGAGCUGUUUUUGGAAGAUGACGGUGGAGCUUUCAGUGUCCAGCCAUCGAGAGGAAUGAACGAGCUUAACUUUGCCUUAUUAGUCAAGGAUCCCACGAAACUGGACUAUGAAACAUCAGACACCAAAUACAUAGAAUUCAGGAUCGUUGCCCGUGAAACGGCCUCAGUGCGCCCCCUGUCAGCGACGGCAGAAAUUCGAGUGCGGCUGUUGGAUGCCAACGAUAACAUCCCGCAGUUUUCUCAUGAUGUCUACAAUGUAACUCUGCCUGAAGAUGCACCUGUAGGAACAACUUUAAUUAAGAUUCAGGCUACAGACGAAGACAGUGGGAGUUACGGCGUUGUGAGAUACACAGCUGUGAAUGGACCCAUAGCUGGAAACCUACGUUUAGACCCAGUGUCCGGCGAACUGACUCUCGUGUCCUCAGAAGGACUUGACCGCGAACGAAUCCCGGAAUACUCACUGACUGUGGAAGCCCGAGAUGACCAAGGCAAGGGCAACCGGAACAUGGCCGAAGUUCAUGUAACCUUGGCAGAUGCAAACGACAACGCUCCUCUUUUCUUGCAGCCUCGCUACGACGCGGUUCUUAAUCCGGAUAUGAGGAACUUCUACGAGCCGCUUCGGGUGCAGGCGUAUGAUGCUGACGGUCCUGGUCCCAAUAGUGACAUCACCUACGAAAUUGUGAACGGCAACUACCAGGAAAAAUUUCUCAUCGAUUCUCACACUGGCGAACUGAGUCUGCAGGCCCCACUUGUUCCGAACCCCGAGACUCAAGACCAUGGUCUUCCGGUCAUCACGCUGACGGUCAGGGCUCAUGACCAAGGGGUCCCGGUGCGCUUCGCCACUGUCAAGGUGCAAGUCCACAACCAGGAAUAUCUGAAUCGCUCCAUAUCCUUCAUCAUUCCCCUUUCAGUCAAGAAAGCCUCAGAAAGAAGACAAGAAUUGGAAAGGGGAUUUUCUGCGUUGACAGGAGCUCACGUGAAUCUCCAUUCCAUCGCCUUUCACAAUUCCAGCACUGAAAAAUCUGUUGUUCGUUGCUGGGUUUCUUAUCCUCUGUCUUCAACGGUUGAUCUGAGUAACAUGGAUGCAAUUAUAAGGAACAUGUUUGGUCAAGAUCAUUAUAUGACAUCUUCAAAAGUAGAAGCCAUCAAUCGGAGCAGUUUCGAUGUGGUGUUUUGGCUCCUGAUUGCUUUGGUCAUCUUAAUGGUCCUGGCUAUCUUGGCUCUCUUCUUCUACUGCUGCUGUGUGCGCUCAGCGGAAGGGCGAGAUAUUCUUGAACUUAAAAACAAAGUAGUGCCCGAGGAAACUAUAAUUCAUUACAAAGAAGAAGGUGUUCAGGCGCAAAACAACAACAAUGACUCCAGAAGAAAGCCUGACAGCCGAACACGAUCGACGUGGGUCGAAAACCAGCAGAGCCAGGUGAAUGUCUCGCAGAAAAAUCACGUCCGGGCAGAUGAAGAGAGACCCUCUCCCCAGCAUAGAGCUCAACAGGCUGCUGUUCAUCUGAAUGAUCCCAUUACGACGUCAUACGCACAAAAUCCAGAAGAUGUUCCAGUUCGAGGCGCUUACUAUCCUGACGGCGGCAUUCCCGUGGUGGCUGGUGGUCGUAUGGAGAGGGCGUAUCGCAGGGGCCGCCCUCUUAGCCCCGGCACUGAAAUGCUGGUUCAAGAGAUGGGUGGCGAGUCGGAAGCCAGGAGGCUAGGCAAUUACGUCGUCGUUCGGAAGGUUGUCCGGCCUCGAGUCCGGGUGGAUCCGGCUGAGGAAGGGAUGACACAAGACGGGGAAAAUGGUCCCCGUCGGACAGAGAUCUUGUACAUCCGCAGUCCAAUGAGGGAGGACGAGGAGGAGCGACACUACGUGCGGGAGGGCGAGUUGCUGAGGAGCGUGAGCGAGACGGCCCUCAAUACAGACGACCUCCACCUGAGGGUGCCCCGUUCCUACAGGACUCGAGGAGUGCCCCUGCAACGGAUGGAGCCUCUUCAAGACCCCGCCGCUAGUCAACAGCUCAAAUUCUCCAGAUACCAUCGGACCGAGGGAGAUGUGAUUGUGGCUACCGAUGAAGUACCUGAAAUGGAUCGCUCAUAUGUAGGACCAGACCCCUCUUGGGGACCUGUAUAUAGUCAGCAUGGAGAAUACAUUCGUGUUCCUCGACAGCGAGAUGAAAGGUGGGAGAGCCAUCCAGAAUAUCAUCCUCAACGACUUCAAGGUCCAGAAGAAUCUCGAUCGCGAUUCCCUCCAGAACAUAAUCUAAGUCACGCUAAUCCGUCUGGUUUCAUGAAUCAGGCUCGAAUUCAGCCGGGAUCCUUACGAGACUUGCGACCUCAAGCCGUAUAUCACGAACAGUAUCAAGAACAAGAUGUUUCCCAUCGACAGUAUGCACCUCAUCCAUCUCACCAUCCUGUAGAUCAAAUUCCUUUACAAAGGACUUUACCACCUCAACCAACGUUUGAACCGCAAAGAAUACCAGACCAAACUAGCCAUCCUCUUGACAGGCCUAGACAAAUGAAUGUUGAAGCAGACCAUCAGCCAAGCUUUGACAGGCAAAAUGAUCCCGAUGACGACGCCAGGACAGUUAUAAUGGCACCUGGCAAAUCUAGACUAAAUGAAUUCCCUCAAAAUGAAACAACCCAAGUAUACCAAGAUGAAAACUUUCAUCAACAAGCUGAACAGUUUACUUCGUCGUUUGAAAAUCAGCAAGAAGAACAGCAUCAACAAAGUACUGUUACGUUUCAAGAAGAUCACGAACACUUUGAAGAGACAACCGAAACACGUGCUGAAUCUGCUGGUGAGGGUGACGAGCCAGUGCAACAAGAUGAAGUUGCCGCACAACCUCUUGAGGACCAUUACCAAAGAAGGCAAUCCAUUCGUCCAUCAACACAGCGCCUAUCAACAGAUGAUUCCGGAGCUCUAAGCGGGAAGGACAAAUUAGGAAUGGAUGACACCGAUAUGAUGGACAGCAGAGAAACUCACGAAGAAUCUGAUCGUUUAGGUCAUAGAACUACAGAAGAUGAAAUAUCCAGAGCAGAAGAACAAAACCAGCAGACGGACGGGGAAGAUGAAGAUUCUGAUUCUGGUAUUGGGAAAGAUGGCACUGCUCUGAGAUUGAAGAAAUCAAACUUAAUGGAGAAAAAGUCGCUUUUUACUAUAGCUUAUGAUGGAAUGCAAACAAGAGGACUUAAAUCAGCAGGAGAAAGAGAUGACUCACCCUAACAAGUAUCUGAUGAUUUAUGAACAAUGAAUUUUGAGAAAAGUUUAUGUUCUACUGAGAAUGAAGAAUAAAAAUAUGAACUACAAGACUAAAUUUUGCAGUCUGCUUUUCGGCAUUACAUUUUGCAUUUAAUUGAGUGGGGCACAUGGAACUCGAACACAUUAUUUUGUGGAUGUCUUAAAUUACGAUCAAACUUUGCAAAACUUUGUUUCAUUGCUUCAUCUUAAGAAGAACGAUUUAUGACCGCCUUUUGCCAAUAAUUAAAAAAUCUGUAACGAAUUUAAAAGCCGAGAGCAUACCAGAAAUUAUGUUCUCAGCUUGAAUGUUUGAUCUUUUGUUUGAAACAUACAUGUGAUUAGAAUCUGUGAUUUUAUCAAGAUGGGAUGAGGCCUCCCGGAAAAUGUUUAGGUUCGAGUACAUUUUUCAGCCCUGGAGGACAAAGUAGUGUCAGAGUCCACUAAGCGGUUCCCCAUCCUCUACAAUUUGCUAGUCCUGCCACCUUAUUGACCUCCAUACUUAUUGACCACCUUAAGGUCCACCUUAUUGACCUUACCAUUGACUGAGACUUUUGUGUAUCAGCUGAACAAACACAGAAGAUUUCAUUUCUAAGAAAUUGUAUCUGCCAUAAAAAUGACAUAUUUAUCAGUGAUGCUGACUGAAAGAGAAAUUUAUUUGAUUUGCAGAAAUAUUCAACGACUAUCAUUGGAAUGAAGUCAUUGUUUACAAAACUGUAUUCGCAAUUCCUACACUGCCGUCCGCAAUUUUAUAGAAAUAUUCUCCAAAGUUCUGAGGACUUGCUACUUGGAGAGAGUGAAGUUAACAGAAUCAAAAACUGCAGUUUUUAUCCAAGGUCAUUGUAGAUAGUUUUCUAGUCCGAGUCAUGAACUUAAAAUUGUUUCAUCAGAUUUCGAUGAACAUUCGAAACUGACAUGUUUUUAUGAAUGCGAAAAUGUUUAAGUGUUGAUUCUCUAUUCAGAGCAUUUUCUAAAAUAUGCAUAUUUUAAAAGCAUAUUUUUCAUCUUUUAUUAGAUAUUCUACAAGAUUGUGUUAUAAUACUUUGAGUGACUUAUUGAUAUUGUUUUCAGUUUCUAAUACUUAAGUUCCUACGAUACUCCUAUAAAAAUUAUUGAUGUAAAAGUUUUUCUCUAAAAUUGUGAACUAUCUCAAACGACAUGUAAUAAGCAAAAUACAUUCAUCAAUAUAUGCCAUAUUUAACAAAAAUGUAACAAGUGAUGACUUUCAAACAGACAUGACCAAACAUAUACUUAAUAAAAUUUUAACAAUUUUUUUCUUAUCCACAA